UCAUGUGAUUUCGCAUAUGCUCGUGGAAAUCACAUGAGCAGUGGUUUGUCCUUUCUCGUCUGAAACUCCAGGCGCGAUUACAAUGGCAUGUCAGGAAUCUUGUCAAAAAGCAAGUGAGUCACAUGUGAGCAGUGCGACGACGCCAGUGCUGGCUAUCUCCGGAUGCUUGCCCCCCCCCAACCGUCCGUGACACAGUGGGAUGAUGAAGAGACGGUCUGUAAGAUGAGCUGGGCGACCAAGUCCAGUCAUUUACGAUUAUCUAUAUGGGAUCGAGCUGACGGCUUACGCAGGGGCGUGGCUCUGAGCUAUUGGGGCUUCGACUCCAAGUCAAUGCUUCCCCAUGCCCAUUUGCCUUGUUCAAGGCCACGAGGUGACGGGGAGUCCCAAUCCCCGAAGACCACGCAGGCCCUGGGUGAUGGAAACGUGAUGCUUCACGGGCUUCUCUUCACGAUGUGCGGCCAGUCCCUUGCAUGUUUCAUCCUAGGAGUAUUGUCAAGGGUUUCCGGAUAUGCGCGUCCUCCACCCGCGCACCAGCCAGGGAUGGAUAAUCGCUGUUGUUCAUUAGAAUCUGCGCACAAGACAAGCAAUUAGCUGUGGGACUACUGAGUCUCGGGAACUGAAAGACUAUCCAGAGCCAAGAUGAUGCUUCGGUAAUUAAAUCUUGGAAACGGUUUCUCAAGAAGGUCUCGAAUAGAUGCUCGACUGAUUUCACUAUCACCAGAAAUUGAAUUGGUCAGAGCCAGCGAUUUUGCAUCGCACACGACCGUAACGAAGGAUGCCCGGUCAGCGAAAGAGACAACUGUAAAGGCAGGUCAGU